AUGAUACCCCCUUGCGACCCUUCCAUUCUGGAACACAACCCCCAAUUCAAACGACUUUAUGAGAAUAUCACCACCCAUUUAUUGAAUCCUGAUGGCUCAACCCGUGCCAGCGCAGACCCCGCUCGGGAAGCUGUUGUGGAGGGCCUGAAGCAAUGUCAAAUGAAAAAUGCCAAGAAGAGAAUCAAAGAGCGUAUGCUCAGGCAGCUAGCUUUCGCGUCCGACAGCGAUCUCCAUGAUGAGGUUGGUAACCGCCGCCAUUUGCGCAUUGCGUCAUGUACGCACCCUACUCGUGAAGAUAUCACUAACCCAAUACUUUGUUGGUUCCAGUGUCAUGAUAACCUUGCCAUAAUAUCCAUAUACCUCGAAACUCCCCGCGCCGCAAUCGAGCUUGACACUCCUGUCCAAGAAUCCCAAGAAUCCCAAGAUGCGGAGCAGGGGCAGGGGAAAGACGACGCGCUUUCCCUUCUCUCCAAUGAAUUUGAGACUUUCUAUUCUCAUAUACCCUCCUUUAUCCUCCGAUUCUCCCAAAUUCUGUCAACCGCAAUCCACGACCUUCGCGCGAUAGCAGCACUAUCUACUGACGAUUCCGCUGCCGUUGAACCCGAGCCAGAGCCUAAAUCAUCACGGGCCCUUCCCGCCCUAUCCCGCUCCUCUUCGAACCACUAUUCUCGCGCCCGCGCCCGAGAUCGCCGUGUCAGAACCUCAAUGAAGCCUGUUCCGCCUCUGUCCUCUAUUCUUCGGGAUCGGGUUCGUACCCUUCGCAGCAUCCAGCUAUCAGAUCUGCCUUCAGCGCGGCGCCAGAUGGCCGCGACAGCUGCAGAGGUUCUCUCCGUGCAGGCACAGAUGAUGGAACAGACGGUAAUCCUUCUAGAGCGGGUGAAGCAUGGGGCUCUGGCGCGGGCGACGAAGGCUCGAGCAGAGCAUUUGGCUGUUGUGGCGCAGGGGCUUGAGAGCAAAUUAGAGGUCACUAAGCUUGAAGUAGCCGCUACCCUAUACACACCCGAGACGUUAUCUGCGCUUGGUCGUUACCAGCAGCAUCUUCGUGAGACGAGGGUACAGCUUGAUGAGCGGAGCGAGAUAGCUAUCGAAGAGUUAAGGCGCUAUGGGGACGUUGAGGGAGCGGCUUCCGAGUCUAGUAGUAUUGAUCGGAGUAGCACCUUAGCGGAAAUUGCGCGAAGAUAUGGGGUGCUUGCUAAGGAGGUUGAGGCAGUGAAAAUGGAUAUUGCUAGGUCAGGAGAGUAA